AUGGCUUGUUUGUCGAGUACCUCUUAUACUCUAUUGAUGAAUGGGAGGUUACAGGGGAGUUUUGAUGGGAUGAAAGGAUUAAGACAAGGUGACCCGAUUUCUCCCUUACUGUUUGUGCUUGUCAUGGAGUAUCUCACUCGUCUUCUUAGUCUUGUUUCUCAGCACAAGGAAUUCCGGUUUCAUCCCAUGUGUAAAAGUUUGAAUCUUGUUAAUCUUUGUUUUGCGGAUGAUCUUAUUUUGUUUUGCAAGGGUAAUCUUAGAUCUUUCCAAAUAUUGUUUGAUGGUUUUACCAGGUUUAGUCAGAAUUAUGGGCUGACAGCCAAUUUGAAUAAGUCUCAAGUGUAUUUUGGAGGUAUUUCUGUUGAAGUGAAGAAUAGUAUUCUGAGUUAUGUCACUAUUGAAGAGGGUACUUUUCUCUUAAAAUAUUUGGGUGUUACUCUUCGCCCUACUAAAUGGAAGGCGGCUGAUUAUGGCGUGAUCAUUAAAAAAUUCAUAAUCGUCUCCAUGCUUGGUCAAAUUGCCAUCUGUCAUUUGCUGGGAGAUCUCAAUUGA